AUGGGGAUCCCUUUGAAGUUUGAACUUUAUUUUCGAUCGCUAGGAGGGAAUGGUUGUAAUGCUCCCGUGUCCAGCUGCGGCCGCGCCACGGCACACGGGUUCACGGGCAUCAGGCACACCACGACACAAAAGGAGGGGGCCCCAGGCUUUAUUUGCCCCCUCCCAGACUUCCGCUUCCCACCCCAGCCACACCAGAGAUCGAAAGAGCGCGCCGGAAUCCCAACGGACUCCCAACUCCCAAGCAAGCAAAAAUGGCGCCGCCGCCGUCGUGGAUUAUCCUCUCCACCACCCCGCGCGUCUCCGACACACCCCUCCCUCCCGCACGACUUCGCCCUCUCCCUCAACGUCCAAGCUCCCCCGCGCGUCUCCUUCCUCACCCUCGCCCCGUCGGUCUCCUUCCUUCUCGCCGACUUCCACUUCACUGUGGGCAGUGGAGGCGAAGAGGACACCCUCGUCCGCUACUGGUCAAGGACCCGCAACUGGCGCACCGAGUAUGAAGCCUCCCCAGACCAGACCAGCACGAUGAGGUGCCCGCGCGACAGGUACUGGGUCUUCGACGACGUCGUCUCCCACCACGGCAAAAUCUGCUUCGUCCCUCUCCCGGACGUCGACGUCGACUUCGACCAAGACCGUCGCUUCUCCUCUGACUUGGAAUCCAAAUUCGAGAGAGGAAUCAUCGGCCGCCGCUACGUGCAGCUCAGCGACGCCAAGUUCCGCUGCGUCCAGAUCCGCAAGCCCAGGGGCCACGCCCACGGCGCCAGCGCCGCACCCACGUUCAUCACCAUGCGCACGCUCGACGACCGCGAGACGGGCGACUGGACGGAUCCCGAGUACAAGCUCUCCUUCGCCGACAUCCGGGCCUCCGACACCUUCAAGGCGGCCGGGCUACCGGACAAGGACCCCGUCUUCGCGCUCAUCCACCCAAAAAACCCCGACGUGCUCUACUUCUUCCUCGACGGCUACCUCUUCUCCUUCGACAUGCGCGCCAAGAAGCUGAUCGAGUGCGAGGCCCACGGGCUCGGGAACAACCCAUCUUCCGCCUCCGUUCGCGCCUGGGAGCUGCCGCCCGACUACGCCGCAGCAAUCGCACCCGCACCCGCAGCUUUUCGUCACUACAGAAGGUUGGAUCAACAAGAAGAGUUGGAGUUGGGGACAGUGGUCAGUUUUUUGGCAGGAUUAGCUAGGAAAGCAAUAAUAUGAUGCUGGAGUCGGUAGAUGAAGCUAGUACGGGCUGGGAUCUAUGUAUAAGCUUGAUGAUGGAGUAUUACCUACUAUAUCUCAUUUCAUCAUCUACUAAGGAUCGAUGAAUAUACUAUACCAGUAUAGAUAAAUGGACAUGUUCUCGUAGCUAGUGUAAGGGUACGGCAUCUCGAUCUGCUUCCUGGUUUGUUGUGUUACUGCUGUUUGUGCGUUAAUGCACAGUGCAAUAUUAUUUCGGAGGCAUGGCGAUGAAGGAAA